AUGGGUAAUGCAUGUCGUUGUUAAUAAUUUGCAAAUGAAAAUCUAGAGCUUAGAUCAGGGAAAGCCGAUGGUAAUAAUAAAAAAAUAGAGACUAUAACAAUUCCUCAAUAAAAUGGUACAACAGUGUCAAAAAAAACCACUCAUAAAUAGAAUGAUGAUGAAGGUGAAGAUGAAGAAUAGCCAUAAAAUUUGUAAUAAAUUGAAGUAUCAAUUACAUUAAAGAAUUCUUAGCUUAAAAGAGGAGACAGAAAAAAGUAAGCCAAAAUAAAUGCAGUUUCAGAUACUGUAGAAAUUUUUGAAAAUAUUCAGAAAGUUGAGAAACGAAAAUCUCCAUUUGAUUAUUAGUUAAUGUUAAAUGCUUUUAAUGAUCAUUUCAUUUUCAAAUCUGUUCCUUAGAGUGAUAUCGAAUAUGUAGUGGAAUAGAUGUUUUAUUGCACUGUUCCUGAUGGAUAAUUUGUUUUCAAGUAGGGAGAUAAAGCAACUUCAUAUUUCCUUAUUGAAAGAGGUUAAUGCUAAAUAAUAAUUAAUGGAGAAUUGAAGAAAACUUUGAAAAGUGGAGAAGCUUUUGGUGAACUAGCAAUGCUCUAUAAUGCACCUAGAAGUGCAAGUGUACGAGCAGUUGGAGGUAUUGUAUCUCAAAGUUAUAUUUAGAUUGCGCUUUUUGGGCAAUUGAUAGAAACACUUUCAGAAAAGUUGUGGAGUAACAAAAUUAGAGAAAUUACGAAGAAAAUCGAGAAUUUCUGAAAAAAGUGGAAUUUUUUUGUAUUUUUCUAAAAAUAUAUUAAAUAGCAUUUUUAACUGAAGAAUAAAGAGAUGCUAUAUGCAGCGUGCUUAUAAUUUUAUUGUUUAAAAAAGGUGAAAUAAUAGUUUCAGAAGGAGAUGUGGCAAAUUCAUUUUAUAUAAUAAAAAAAGGGAAAGUAUCUAUUAUAAAAGGAGAUAAAGAAGUAAGUUAAAUGAAUGCAGGAGAAUCUUUUGGAGAGGCUGCAUUAUAUUAAAGCUGUUAGCGUGCUGCAACAGUAAAGGCAGCUGAGGAAGAAGUUAGAUGUCUAUCAUUGUCAAAAGAUGAUAUAUAGAAAAUAUUAGGUUAAAAGAUACAAACAGUAAAAUAUAUAAACACUCAGAAAUGGGCUUUGAAAUAAAAUGCAAUACUUGGGAAAUUGACAUCAAUACAAAUUGAGAAGAUAAUUUAGAAUGUGAGGUAAGUUCAUUAUGAGAAGAAUGAGAUAAUAGUAAAAUUAGGGUAGCCUUGUUUAAAAGUGUAUAUAGUAUUAGAUGGAGAAAUAGCAACAGUAAAUAAUUAUUUCGUAAUUAAAAGAUCUAUAGAUUCCGUCAAACAAAUAUGUAUUGGGUAAAGGGAAAGUGUUUGGCGAUCAAUAUUUGAAGUCUUAAAGUAUGGAUAAUAAAAUGGUGGAAAGUUUAUAAGUGAGAUCUGAUG